GCACGCCACGUCGCCACGGCACGGUUCGGCUCGGCCCGGCGCGGCGCCCCCCCCCCCCCCGAUGGCGCUCGCCUCCGCCACUACCGCCGCCGCCACGGCCUCCUCCCCCUCCCGCUUCGUCCGCCGCUUCUCUUCUUCCCCACCUCCUCCCUCGCUCCUCCCGCUUGCCGCGCGCCCAGGAGCCGGGAGCUCCCCGCGCGCCUGCAGCUACCACCGGUUCGUGGUGCAAUGGAAGGGCCGGGCGCGAGCGCUCCUCGGGGGAAUCUCGGACGCCGGCGCCAGCGAGAGCGACGACGAUGAGGAGGACGCCCUGCGAGAGGGCCAGCGGGAGGGCGAGGGCGAGCCCGCCGUCGAGCCCGCCGCGGCGGCCGCCGAGCUUGAGCGAUGGGACGUGCUCGGCCUCGGCCAGGCCAUGGUUGAUUUCUCGGGGAUGGUGGACGACGAGUUCCUCGAGAGAUUGGGCAUAGAGAAGGGCACGAGGAAGGUUGUAAACCAUGAGGAGAGAGGACGGGUCUUGCGUGCCAUGGAUGGGUGCAGCUACAAGGCUGCAGCCGGAGGCUCCCUGUCCAACUCACUUGUGGCACUGGCCAGGCUUGGAAGUAGCCAGUCUGCUGGCUACCCUGAGCUUAAAAUUGCGAUGGCUGGCAGUGUGGGCAGCGACCCACUAGGUAGUUUUUACAGGGCGAAAUUGCGUCGUGCUAAUGUGCAUUUCUUGUCUAAGCCGGUCAAAGAUGGGACUACCGGAACUGUCAUUGUUCUAACAACGCUAGAUGCACAGCGAACUAUGCUUGCGUAUCAGGGUACUUCGUCAACUCUGAGUUAUGAUUCAGACUUGGCCGAUUUAGUGUCCAAAUCAAAUGUACUAAUUGUGGAAGGUUAUCUAUUUGAGCUGCCUCACACAAUUGAAGCUAUCAAGCAAGCGUGUGAAGAUGCUCACAAGAAUGGUGCACUCAUUGCUGUUACAGCAUCAGAUGUAUCAUGCAUCAAGCGUUGCUACAAUGAUUUUUGGGAUAUUGUAGGCAACUAUGCUGACAUACUGUUCGCCAAUGCCAACGAAGCAAGGGCGUUCUGCGAGCUACCCUCAACAGACAGCCCCAUGUCAGCCACAAGAUACUUAAGCCACUCUGUUCCCCUAGUAUCUGUGACCGAUGGCGUGCACGGCUCCUACAUUGGGGUGAAAGGUGAAGCAAUAUACAUCCCUCCACCACCCUGCAUACCCGUGGACACCUGUGGCGCCGGCGAUGCAUACGCUUCUGGGAUUCUGUAUGGCAUCCUCCGGGGUGCUUCAGACCUGAAAGGCAUCGGCUUGCUGGCCUCACAGGUAGCUGCUGUUGUCGUCGAGCAGCAAGGCACGCGCCUACGGGUUCAGGAUGCUGAUAGACUGGCUGAGUGUUUCGCUCAUCACCUGGAUAGCUUGGAGUUCUGUUCAGAUGUUUGAAUAUGACGUUGCAAACAUCUGAUUGUUUCUGGUUUAGUCCAAACCCUAGACAUAUAUUUGUACAUACAAUCCCUCCCCUUUUUAGUAGGUCUAGUACAUUUGUUCAGGGCAGGCAGCCGAGCUGGAAAAGGCCUGCGAGCUCAUCUGGUGUCCCUUACCAUCAUUGCCCAUAAUUGGAAUUAAACAGAUUUCAUUGGAUAUGGAAAAUGCAGUGGUAUAGUUCAUGCUU